AUGUCCAAGCCACAACUAACUUAAUCAUGGGCACGAGAAAAAUAGUCCUUGUCGAAUUUUUAUGGCAGCCUUAUGAUCAGAGAUACAAGUAGACCUUUAUCUACUGAAACUAAAUGUAAACUUUGAGGUAUCUAAGCUAUCGCACCAUGGCUAGAAGAGCGAUCAACGGAUUCAUCGAUGCUGUCGUGGAGGGACCUGUGGAAGGAAGCAUCGAUAAGUACCCAUUGGAAAGGGAUUUUCAAGCCUCCACGCGGUAGGUUUUGUCCAUCAUAUCUCCAUUAUAGAUUGGGAUAACAAAUGCUGACUUGGUAUAAAGCUUAUAUCUUCAACACUAUAUCUGGAAAAGACAACUUGGACACUUAUUGCAGCCAUGCAUCCCAUUGACGAAGAAUAUCAAAGUGGCGGAUGUAGCUUGUGGUACAGGGUAAGAAUUCGAAAUGCCUCUUAUCGUCAAAGUUUUCCCCUUCAUUGUGUUGUGUGGCGUUAAUGUUGAGAUGCAGGAUUUGGCUCAUUGACUUGGCAAAAGAGUUGGCUAAGAACUAUCCAUCGGCCCAACUUCAAGGAUUUGAUAUCUCUACUGCACAAUUUCCUCCAAAAGGAUGGUUGCCCAAGAAUGUCAUCUUGGAUACAUUGGACAUAUUGAAACCUAUACCCGAUUCUCUACGUGAACAAUUCGAUGUGGUGCACACAGGAUAUUUGUGCCUAGUUGUUGAGAACGGCGAUCCAUUCCCAAUAUUGGACAAUCUCUUAGCAUUAUUGAGUAUUUAUGCAUCCCGUAAGGACAUCUGAGGAAUUUUCUGACCAAUAUUAGAGCCCGGUGGGUACCUGCAAUGGGAUGAUGGUGAUUUCGGGGGUAUAUAUGCGCAAUCAACAGACCCUGGGGUACCAAAAUCGGCCUUGGACGAGUUGAAAAAUCAAGCCCAAAGCUUAGUUUCGGGCAAAUACAAUGAUUUUCGGUAGGCCUGAACGCUAAAAGCGCGGAAAGAAGAAAUGCUAAUUUUCUCAGGUGGAUUACCGAGCUGGACAAAACAUUUCAAAAACGGAAUUUAGUCGUGCUAGCCAACCAAUACGUGCCGAUCGACGACGAAAUCGCACACCCCUGGACAAUGACACAUCUUAUGGCCUCGGUAGAAAUGGGUACUAUCAUCGAACGGGAAAGGGGUAAUGCUGAAGAGUGGUGGAAUAUGCAUCGGUGUGCAAUUGCCGAGAUGUAUCACGGCGCGAGUCUAAGAAUGAGCAUGGUUAGUAUUGCGGGAAGAAAGCCGAAGGCAUAAGUUUAGCAAACAUUCCGCGAAUGUGAUUUCGUUUAAAUGUUACUGCUGUACCUUUGUACAAAAGCUGCUACACGAGUUGCAUGAUACAGAUGGCUGACAAAUGGGAAUCCUGCAGUUAAUGCGGCUAAAAUCUACGCCGUCAUGCAGGAGAAGCUUGAUUAUGCCUUAUCCUUGCCAUGAGAUGCUGUGGACCCCCUUGUACAUCCUGCAGCUUCCAUAUAAAUUUGACCAAUCGUGAAA